AGCUUGAUUUAAAGUAGAAUUUAUCUCUGGAGUUACACUGUUUAUUGGUUUUGUUCAUCAGCUUCCUUCUGCUUUUUAAUGGCUGAUGGUUUCUUUUCCUUCACACCAUUUGAUUUCAGUGGCUCACAACCAGAAACUUUCUUCCCCUCUAAUGGCGGCGUACACGAGAAACAGGAGACAGAGCAACACGGGAAAGAAGACGACUGUCCAUUUAGAAUGGAUGAGUUUGGAGAUUUCAACUUUCCUUCAGCAAAUCAAUUUGGCUUCUACCAACAAGACAUUUCCAAGAUUGUAGAUCAAACAAACUAUCAACACCCCAACUCAGAUUGUCUUAUUUUUGACGAAUUGCUGUUCGGUAACGAUUUUACCAUUUCCGAAUUGAUUCAAGAGAAGUCGAAGAUAUCAGAAAACCUGUCUGCAGAUUCUAUUAGUUUCAACUCCAAUAAACAAGUUUCGAAUCCGUGUUUAGAUUCUUUGCAGCUGCUGAACAGUUACGGUACUAAAGUCAAGAGGAUGAAGGGGGAAAAUCUUAACAAAAGAGGCGAUGAAGCCGGUGAAGAGAACAAAACAUUGUCAACUGAAGAGAUAUUUAGGGUAGCUGGAGCAAGAUAUGUUCAUUUCUUUCCUGAGGGGCAUGACGACUUUUACAUGCUGACGCAUCCGUGUGAUUUCGCUCUCUCUGGUUUGUCGGAGGACGAGAGAGAAGAUGUUGAGCUUGCCAAUGUCCUCUUUGCUGCAGCUGAAAAAGUAGGCUACCAGCAAUUUGACCGAGCGAGCCGGCUGCUUCAACGCUGUGAAUGGACUGCAUCUCCUUAUGGCAACGCAGUCCAACGACUCGUUUAUUACUUUUCAAAAGCGCUUAGGAAAAGAAUCCAAAGAGAAACUGGAAGGGAAGUAAUUGAGGAGCAACAAAAAGAAGAAAUGAACCUCGAUGUACUUAGAGGAUGCAUGAAACUUCCUUUUCAGCAAGUGAUGCAUCUUACUGCUGUUCAAGCAAUAUUAGAACAUGUGAAACUGAUCAACAAAAUUCAUUUGAUAGAUCUUGAAAUCAGAAGUGGAGUUCAUUGGUCAGCUUUUAUGCAAUCACUUGUAGAUUUGAAGGAACUUCCCAUUAAGCUUCUUAAGAUCACUGCUGUUGUAACAAACAAAUAUUACUCGAUAGAUCAGGUGGGAAAGUGGUUGGAAAAUGUUGCCGAGUCUCUAAACAUACCUUUCUCAUUCAAAGCAAUCUUGGUAUCAGAUAUGAUGGAGAUAAAAGAAGAACUCUUUGAAACAGAAGAUGAUGAAAUGCUGGCAAUCUACUGUCCCUUAGUUUUGAGAAACAUGAUCUCAAGGCCUUCUAGUUUGGAGAAUCUAAUGAAAGUAAUUCGAAAUCUAAACCCAUCAAUAAUGGUAGUUUCCGAAAUCGAGGCAAACUAUAACCUAUCAUCAUUUGUGAAUCGCUUUAUCGAAGCGUUGUUUUUUACUGCUUCGUACUUCGACUGCUUGAAAAUUUGCAUUGAAGAGGAUGAAGACAGCAGAAGAAAGAUGGAAGCCUUGUGCGGUAAAGGGAUUGAAAACAUUGUUGCAUCGGAAGGGAGUGAUCGGGUUGCGAGGAGUGUGAAGAUAGAGGUGUGGAGGGCAUUCUUUGCAAGGUUCAGAAUGGAAGAAAUGGAAUUCAGUGACUUAUGUUUGAGCCAAGCUAAGUUGGUAUCAAAGGAGUUUCCUUAUGGGAAGUUUUGUAGUUUGGAAAAGAAUGAGAAAUGUUUGGUUGUUGGUUGGAAGGAAACUCCAAUUAUCUCUGUUUCAGCUUGGCAGUUUCUUUGAGUCAUUACACCAACACAUGAAGGAAUGAGAAAGAAGACAAUUAAUGAAAAAGGGGUUUGAUGUUAAUGGCCUCCUCAAGUAUUUGUUCUUCUUAUGGGUAUUAUUAUUACCAUGUAUUUGUGUUUGUGUUAGCUUUUUCUUAUAUUAACUUUAUAAUUAUACCAUAAUAGUUGUUCUUGUACAUUAUUUUGUAAAAUAAA